AUGAAGCUCAGGAAUCAYGUAGGAGCAACAGUUGCUGUGGCUAAACAGCUCAACUUUCCCGAAAAUGUUGACAACUGGACAAAAGAGCAAGUCAGACAAUGGGCAAUAGAAGAAGUUAAGAUGGACAAGAAGCAUGCAGACAUUCUGUUUAACCAAGAUGUUACUGGUGCUAUUUUGAGACUGUUAAAAAAAAAAGAUCUGGUCGAAAUGGGCAUAACUCAUGGGCCUGCUGUUCRCAUUAUUCAUGUCCUGACCCAGAAUAACGUUCUGCCCCAAAGUUCAAACCACGCUGUGGGACAAGAAGAUCCCAUACAUGAUCCUGAGGGCAAAGGAGAAGACAAAGCAACUGCAGAACAAGAGUCCCAGAAGAACUACAGCAUAUCACAGAAUUGUAAGACUAAGCCCCUAGAAGACAACGCAGAAAAAGCAACGGAUACUAAAGAGGACGUGUCAAAGAAAUCACUGUCUAGCAACCAGCACCCAACCAAAAAGAUGUGUAUGCCACAUCCUUUUGAUAAUUUCAGAGAUGGUACUCGAUAUAUUUACCAUAAUAUUCUUAAUUUCCCUGAAACAGGACCGCUCAAUCUCAUCGAUCCAGCACAUGAAUUCAAACUACUCACCAACACAGACAAUGCAAAAGAAGAAGAUGUUAUGAUGAAAUUUAGCAAUGAAGUCUUUAGAUUUGCUGCAGCCUGCAUGAACUCUCGCACAAAUGGUACUAUCCAUUUUGGAGUUCAUGAUAACCCGCAUGGGCAAAUCGAAGGAAUAAAAGUUUCCAACCAAGAAGUGUAUAUUGACCACUUCAAUAGAUACGUUGGAAAGUAUUUUGGGGGGAAGUUCAUCGAGAUUGCAAAAGCUUGCAUUAGGCAACCUAGAUUUGUGGAGGUAUUAUCACCAAAUGGAACUCGAUCAGAUUCAUUUGUCAUUGAAAUAGAUAUAGUUCCAGAACACUCCGUUUGUGAUAAUUAUUUUUUUGUGACCAACACAUACAUAUACAAAAGUAAGGAAUGGAACAAAGCUUUCUUCAUCCGGGAUGGAGCUAGUUCCAAAAAUAUUGUUCAAAACAUAAAAGAAUCCGACAGUUUUAAAUCUAAAUUGACAUCUUUAGCAAAUUCUCGUAAAAGUCAAGAGGAAGUCUUUAUCUUAAAGCAAAAGAAGUUAAGGAAUGAAGGACUAAAACUAGAAAGUCUGCUCACUGGUAACAAAGCCUUGCUGGAUGACUCCUACUAUGACUACUACAUUUUAGUAACAAACAAGUGCGAUUCAAGUCAAGUGGCACAUUUAGACUUUUUGCAGGAAAUAAAAUGGUUCGCCGUGCUUGACUUCGAUUUUGAAUCAGAAGUGAACGGUGUAUUCAAUACUUACCAAAAAAAUCGAAAUGCCAAAAUUCACUUCCCGGAACAUUAUGAAAACAAGGAGGGUUCUGUUUCUGAACAUGCUGAAAAGCUAAGUCUGCAUCAGGAGACCAACUGGAUUUUCUGCAAUGGUAGAUCAGAUUCUGAAGGCAGUAAGCAUCCACCGUUAGAUCCUCUCUCGUGGCAAAGAGAUAGGGCUGCUGAUGUUAGAAAAAUGAUUUCAUUUCUCUUACACAAAGAUGUAAAACAGAGUGGGAAGUUUUUAGUCGUGUUUCUUGUGUUCUCCACCGUGGAAGAUUCAAUGGAUCUCCUUACUGAGACAUUUAUGGCAUUUUACCAAGAAUUGAAGGGGCUUGACAACAUGCUCUGCAUUUGCAUUGGCCCACACACAUACCAGCGAUGGAAAGAUCUUUUGUGUGCUAGGCACCUUAGUGAGGAAGACCUUUCAGCCAAAUGUAUUUCUAAUUUAACCCUAGAAAUGGUAAAUGGUACCAUCACAAAAUUAAAAUCAGUGACACACUCUUCUGUAAGACUUCUACCCUCUGCUAAUGGUUCUACYGUUCUUUUAAAGAAGGAAGAAGACUCCAUGGCAGCGUUAGAAAUCCUUUGUAUAAAUGAGUGCAAAGACACAGAGAUAGAGAAGGAUACAGAGAAAUUUAAAAAAUUCCUGAAAGAACGGGAAGAAGAUUUUUAUCGAGGCGGAAAAGUGUCAUGGUGGAAUUUUUACUUCUCUUCUGAAAAUCAUACAUCAGAUUUUAUCCAAAGGGAUGGUUAUGAAAAGCUCCAGGAACUAAUUUUGUCUUCRUCUAACAGUACUAAUCAAUCAGCUGUUGAAAUUAUCAACCUCUACCACCACCCAGGCUGUGGUGGGACAACAUUAGCUAUGCACAUGCUCUGGGAUCUUCGGAAGCAGUUCCGAUGUGCUGUUCUGAAAAACAAAACAAAUGGUUUUGAAACACAACUGACAACUUUAAUCACCUAUGGAACAAACAACUCCGCAGGUUAUACACCCGUGUUACUUCUUGUGGAUGAUUUUGAAGAUCAAGAAAACGUCUAUAUUCUGCAGAAAGAAAUUCAGAAAGCUGUAGCAGAGAAACACAUUCAUUGGGCAGGUCCUUUGGUGAUCAUUCUGAAUUGUAUGAGAUCUCAGAAUCCUGAUGAAAAUUCAAAUAUCAAUGCCUUGAACAGUGUUUCUCUAAAACAGCUGCUUUCUCUAAAAGAGCARAGGGCUUUUGAUCAGAAACUAAAAGAUAUUGAAAAGCAGCAUUCAAAUCCUGACAACUUCUAUUCGUUUAUGAUUAUGAAGAAAAACUUUGAUCCACAGUACAUUAAAACUGUAGUAAAAAAUACCUUGAAUAACUUGGAUACUACCACUAAACAAGCAAAACUUGUUUACUAUUUAGCAUUGCUAAACUCUUAUGUAAGUAAAUCUGCAGUUUCAAUAUCACUAUGUGAAGAAUUCUUGGAAACUAAUUCUCGAGAGAUGGGCUGCAAUAAAGAUAAGCUGAUAGAAAAGAUAGGAAUUUGUUCRAAUAUUCUAAUAUAUACUCAGGUAGAAGAAUACUCGAGAUACAGAGGUCUGCGUAUCAUUCACCCCAGGAUAGCAGCUCACUGUCUAACACAAUUGAAAACAGCCUACAGCUUGUCUAAAAGUGAAAUUACUUUGCAGUUAUUAAAAGAGGAUUUAUUUUAUUCUGAAUUAGCAGAAGACAAACUUAGUCGUGAUAUACAAACCAUGCUGAUUGCUAGACAUCGUAAGGAGUAUGGUGAUGAAUCAGAUACAUUGUUUGCCCCAUUAAUUGAAGACAUUGGCCAUGAAGAGAAGAAUGCUAAAGUGAUAGAUGUGUUCAAACAAGGAUCCACUAGAUUUAAGCAAAAUGCUGUCAUUUGCCAAGCCUUAGCAAGAUACUUCUGCAUUAAAGAGAAGAAUUUUGACUCUGCAUUGGACUGGGCCAAAAAGGCCAAAGAAAGAGCACCAGACAAUUCAUACAUAUCAAACACAUUAGGUCAAGUCUAUAAAAGAAGGCUAAGAUAUUGGCUUGAGCACAAAAGAAAGAGUGGAGCCAUGACAGCUGAGGAACUGAAGUGUAUGCUGGAGCUUGCUCAGAAUGCCUCGCAGAUUUUCAGGGAAUCUCAGCAGCAAGCUGAAAAUGCACACAGUGAACAACGUUUGCAACAUCUAAAGCAAAAAAGAAAGUUUCCCAUAUACAACACCGCUGGUUAUCUGGGAGAAAUAGAAACUUGUCUUCAUGUAGUUGAUGUCCUUCAGCUUGUUCCUAUGUUCAGCAAAGACCAAUGGUGUAGAAAACAAAUGGCUAGAUGUCUAUCAGGAAAGAYGGUUCAUAUCACUGCCACAGAGAGCAAAAUCUCUGAGGUCCUUGCACUUCAUUCCAGCCUUUUAAGUAAUUUGCAGUCACRUUUGAGAAAGGCAUUUGACUUUUUGGAAGACUACUUUGUCUUUUUCAAAACACAGACCAAUGAAAGAGAAAUUGCAGAAGCAAGAAUAUUUGAGAAGGUUCAAGAAUGUUUUACCAAAUACACAGAAGCAUUUUGCAAUUCCAGUUUUGAGCAGCUGAAAAGUGAACAGAUCUCAAGGUGGACCUUGUCUCGGCGUAGGGAAGCAUACAGGGACAGUUUGGAGGCUUCUAAAGCAGACUCGUUUUCUGGACUUUUGGAAUACCUCCACAGAAAUCGCAGAAAUGCUGAUGGAGAACUAGAGGACAUAGUAGAGGCCUAUGAAUUUUUGUGUGAGGAGAAUCCAGAUGCAACUCUGAAAGAAAAACAGAAUUUGAUUUUGGCAAAUGUUGUUCUCAAGUGCAUUAAACCUAAAUCCCUCAAGGUGCCUCCUUUUAAAAAGCUGAGAAACCAGCUUCUGAAUAUUCUAGAGAAAGCACAACUGUCCCCACAGUACAUGGAGCCUUUCUUCCUAGCCUCCUUCUUGUUCUGGCCUGAAAAUCCAAAGCAACCAAAUGAAGAAUCCAGGGAAAUGGCAAGCUAUGUUACCCAUUUAUAUGAGUCUUUCAAAAAGCACUAUGGAACUCUGUGCCAUGCCAAACUGCCUCUGGCUCAUUUCUAUCUUGGGAAAGGCACUGGCCUCAACAGAUUUGUUCACAAAGGAAAAAUAGAUCAGCUCUUUAGCUCUCUUCCAGAAGAGCAACUCAAUUGCCUGUGGCAGAGUAGAAAUAUCUGGAAGGAAAAGGCUGUUCAGAAUCUUUUGCUUCCUCUGCAAGGCAGAGCUGAGGGUAAGAUCAUCUACGCAGACUACGGCAGUACAGAAACCUUUAGGAUACCAGUGCAGCCAGUUCCCUCAUGCAUGUUGGAAAAGGGCCCAACUAUAAAAAGAGUGUCUUUUUACCUUGGGUUUUCCACCGCUGGUCUCCAGGCAUACAACAYUGAAAUCUGUCAUUAA